UACCUCAUCUCUCAGUAACCUAGAUAUUUAUACCAUCACCAUAUCUCAUAAUGCAUCGCUAUCUUCUUUUAUGACAAUAUUAGCAUCAUAAAUGCGAAGAACGUGCAUAAAACUAGAGGUCUAAUACUUUCAUUUGAUAUCGUACAAUUUCACCGAGAGGCUAGACUGAAGGAGUGCUCUCCUCACACAUCCCACUUACACACCCCUCACUCAAUUACAAUAAUCCACGAUGGCUUCAUCUACAAUACAACACCCCCGCUUCCGGCUCGAAUUCCGGGUCCUAAGCGACGGCCUCGACACAGCUAAAGCCCAAGCUCUCACACAAACAGGCCUUCACGCGCACAGGAGCCAAUUCCCAAGUUUCCCCAACUUACCUCCGGAACUACGCCUCAAGAUAUGGGAAUACUUCCUCGCGCCACGCAUCAUCGGAAUCGUAUGUCACAAAACCGAGACCGAAACUGGACUAGACUCCGACGAUGAACCCGAGCCCUGGGAAUCGUAUUCGGAGUAUUUCGGAUGUCCCCUACCCUUUCGCAAUACACCAAUCCUGUUACUCGUGAAUAGGGAAACCCGUGCCUUAGCGUUGAAAUACUAUGAACCGUCGUUCUCGUGGCAAGAACCCCUAACCCUGCUCCACGACACCGCGCGGACUACUAGACGCUCUCCGCAUAGCGCAUGGUUCGAUUACGCGCGCGAUACGCUGUAUCUACGUGGUGAGCUCGAGCCGUGUGAUAGUUACGGGUUCAACGCACCGAUGGCGUAUUUCCUCUCCCGCCGCGAAACCGAACGUGUUCGUAAAUUAGCACUUUCGUUCUCGGCGCUGGGUUAUGGGGAAAGUGGCCCCCAACACAUUUUCGGCGCGCUGUUUCAUGUCGUGGAUCGCUUUCCGGGGAUUGAGGGGAGGAGGGUUUGGGUUGGCGUUGCGCCACGGGAUGAGCUUACGCAUGUCCUUAUGGGUGGAUUGGAGCCUUUGGUUCCUGUGGAUGGGGAGGUGAGGGAGGGGGUUAAUAUCUUGCAGAAGAUUUGGGAUGAUUGGUAUCGUGGGGGGUAUUUUACGGCGCCGGUUAGGUUCGAGUUGGUGCGGAAGUUGGAUUUGCCUGAGCGUGUUGCGGAGGGUGGUGAGGGUGGUGAAGUUCCUCAGCUUGCUGCUAAGCUUGGUGAGGUGGAAUUAUAGCACUGCAGGGAAAUGAUAACCGAGAUAAUUGAUCAGGUAUGAUUUACACAUGGUCUAUAUACAUAACGUUUACUUAAGUUGAGUGGUGACUGGUGAUUCCCAGAACGACCUCUAUGGUACAAUGUAUUUACAAUAGACAAAAAUUUCCCCCAUUUUUUAGUCGUAAUCAUCAAUCUUGCGCAUUUUUUCUGCCCAACGUCUACCGCCCGUCUUUUGAAUUUUUAUUCGUAAUUCCACAUAACGCAGGAGCCCCGUUGUCGGAACGUCCCUUGAUGCCGCCUAGGAGCCAAUCUGUUAAGCCAACGACUUUGGC